AUGGAUGCCGCUGAUGAGACAGAGGUGCGCGACCCAGCUGCACCCGCGGCCGAGUCUCCAUUGCAACGGCCCAGGCCCUCAUCCAGUUCCAAGUCGGAACCUCCAUCUCCAUUGGUGUUGUUGAAGUGGAGCACGCUGGGUGCUCCUGGCGGACAAUCCGUUGCAGGAAACAAGAACCCGGAAGGGGAAGAUUUUCAAGGGCCAAGCGACAUGCGCGACAUUGUGGGCACUCUGAUGGCGCGAAUUGAUAAGCUCGAGGGAGCUGUCAGCGGACUGAGGGAAGUAAACGCCGAAUUUGAGAUCCGAUUACGGAUCGAAGGCCAGCUUCGCCGCGACCUGGAGAUACGCAGAAGGGCAUCCCCAUUCCUGGGGAAGGUCCGGAUUACUUCUGAGUUCAUCGUUAACUUCCUCCCGGCGAUGAACUUGGGUCUUGAGUCCUCCUCCAGGGUGUUUGGACACGGCACCUCGGUCCUCAUGGUUCUACCCUUCAAAGGAUUAGUACACUUUGGGGACCGCAUACGAAAGGAAUUUCGCAGGCUCAGCAAAAUUCCGGCAAAGAAGCCUGAAGGCGGGGGUGCAGUCCAGUCCGAUGUGCUGCAGCCCAAUAUAUGGAUCCAAAACCAGCCAGAUGCAACUCUAGUCGGGCAAAGCGACGAACGCAGUGGCCACAUGGCGGCUAGAAUGGAUCACUUCAAAUGCUUGCUCGAGUUUAUGGAUGGCAAUUUCAAGACUAGGAUGGACCACAUACGUGGGGGAUUCUGCGAAAGGAUCACAUACGCUGAGCUCUGGUUGUUAUUUCAAUCAGGAGAUGUGAUCGUCUGGAAAGAGAAAACACAGGCCAGCCUUGUCUUGGGAACUGUUGAUCCAGGACAUAAAAUCACACAGCCCUUUUAUGGCGGCUCAAAGUCCAGCCAGGAGAAGGUUGAUGGUUUCGAGAUGGUUCAUGUCAUGAUUGGAUUUGACGGAACUGUGUUAGGCCCUGUGACCAGUAGGGUCACAAUCCUUCCCUUCAACGGCGAGAAAGCAAUUACCUCGCUUGCCGUCUACCCGUUGGCGUACUCACCUAAUCCCGGCCUCCGAGAAUCUCUGAUCGCUUCGGGGAAAAGAUUCCUUGACAUGACGAAAGUUAGACAUAUGCACUAUACCGGUCCCACAAGCGCCUCCACGCCGGAUUAUGUCGACAGCCAGGUCGUCGUUGACUUUGAGGAGUGUUACCGCCAAAAUCCUCAAUGGCGUCCAGAUAUUCAGAAUCUAGUGGGGGUCAAGGUCGAGGAUAUCGGCUUCGAGGUUGCAAUCGAUAAGCAGUAUGUCCAUUACAUAGGCCACUUCGGCGAGGAGGAGGAGAUUCUUGACGAAAGAAAGAUUGACCAACUCCGAACGUCGAGUUUAUGGAUCGCCACAUUCCAGCGCAUAGAUCCCAGAGGCCCCAUUUGUUCAUACAUCCUCGCCUUCUCGACGAACUUGAGGCAAGUAGAACGGAUAUAA